CUCUCUCCAAAUAUUUCAUUUCAAUAGUAUCUUGAAAUGUGCAUGGCCUAUCUGAUCCUUUGAAUAUCUCAUUUAAUUCUAUCAUCACUUGUUCCUGAAAAAGAUGUUCCCUUUUUUUUUUUUACAUAUAAGAGAAAAUUAAAAGAUGAUGGUCGAUUGUGAUUAAAAGAAAAUAGAUGAAAAAAUUAUAUCGCAAACUUCUUAGCAAUCGAUAUAUGCAUAUCGAAAUGCAAGCGAUAGUCCUUUGGUGUAUCAAUUUGUAGUAUACUUUCUUAUGCACUGAUAACCUUUACAUUUUUCGUUGUUAUUUAAAUGGGUAACGUCGAACGUGGAAAGUCAUUAUUUAUGAAAUAUUGCUCAACUUGUCAUACAAUCGAGAAAGAUGGAAAACAUAAAAUAGGUCCUAAUCUUUUCGGGGUCGUAGGUAGAACAAGUGGUACCAUGCCUGGAUUCUUAUAUACAGAACAUAUGAAGAAGAAAGCCUGUACGUGGGAUGAAAAUACCUUAGAUAUUUAUUUGGAGAAUCCAAAGAAAUUUCUACCAGGCACAAGAAUGGUAUUUAUUGGCAUAAAGAAGAGUGAAGAACGAACAGAUCUAAUAGCGUUUUUAAAGACGUUAAAAUAAAACAAGAACUUUAAAAAAACUUUUGCAUAUUUAUAUAAAUUUGUAUCAUGGUUGUUUAGGACUUGAUAGUUGCUUACUUGUGUAUCUUGAUGAGCUCCCAAGAUACAGAGAACAAAGCUGGAAGCUGCUGCCGUAGUAUCGUGACCCUAGAAAAAGAUAAACAACUUUAUUUUCUGAGCUCUCUCUCUCUCUCUCUCUCUCUCUCUCUCCCUUCUUGGAUCAAUUUUACCUCAAACAUUAUGGUGUUAACUUCGUCUUUAAUUUCCUCAUCGGUAAGAUUAGUACUCGUUUUCGCGAGCUCAAGCAUCUGAUCCAAGAAAGCCAAGCGUCUUUUCUCUCCUAUAUCAUUUUCGUCGAUUUCAUCGAGAUCAUCCUUGGCAUAAUGCAAUUCCGUAUAUUCUUUUUCCGUUUUAUCAUUUUUAUUUUUAUUGAUUUUUUUCGUUUCUUUUUUGUCCGUUUGAGAUUUCUCGCCGGACACCAUUAAAUGUGAAUCCAGAGCUUCUGUUUUUUUCUGUUUUAUCAAUCGUGUUGUCAGGCCGUGAAUUAUGUUCAAAAGAUUCUUUUGUUCAAUUCCAUGCUUCGUCAAAUUGAAGUAUGUGUCAAAUCUUAAUAGCAACUUGUACUGCCUUAGAUGGAUAAUAUUGCACAUUCUGUAUAAAAGACAAGGAAGUUAUGAGUAAGCAUAUAUAUAUAUAUAUAUGUGUGUGUGUGUGUGUGUGUGUAACAGAGGCAUGUUACUUCAUUAAAUAAAUUAGGAACAACGUGAUCAAAUAUAUGUGCAUAAUAAUAAAAGGAUAUGUACUUCAUUACAGCCACGGCGUAAUCGAAACUGUUCUUGUCUUUUUGGGUUCCUUUAACACCCAUAGCGGUUUCCAUUAAAAUAUCGACCGUUAUUGCUGACAAAUAAUCGUGACAAUCAAACUCUUUGCCAACUUGAUCUCGUAAUCUUUUUAUCAAACUCCAGCUAUUCUCAUAAAAUAAUGGUACAAACGAUUUUAAUAUACUAAUAUGAAAUGCCGGUGCUAUAAUUUUCCUGUGAGAGUACCAUUUUUGGCCAUUGCUGAUUAAUAAACCAUCACCUAGCCAGGGCUUGAAGAAUCUGAAAUGAGUAUAGUUCACGUUUUGUUUUAUAAAACUUGAUUACAAUGAUAUUAUAAAUAUCGAUUGUUUACUUUACUUUUUUACUUUAGAAAAUACUUUUCACAUAAUAAAAUUAAUUUUCUAUGUAUUAAUUGCAAUUAUAAUAAUGAGAACAGUCAUAUUGCUUAUGACUGCCCUAUAUGAUUGCAUAUGAAUGACUAAUAUGAGUUAUAGAAAUGUAAAAUUAAUAUAUAUAUAUAUAUAAUGAAAUUGGAUUUGCAUCCAUUCCAACCUGUACUCCGGGGAUUUGGUUAUGUGAACGUGACUGUUAAGAAUGAUUUCGACGUCACGCGGGUCAGUAAGAAAUACGAAUAACUUCGAUCCAAAAAAAGCACGAACAGUGGGUCCAUAAAUAUCCAUGUUUAUCAAAGUUUGUAAGAUAUCUUUUGGAUGAAUAUUCCUUACUAGCAAAGCAUUUCCAAAAAACGGAACAGUUGG